UCUGCUCUGGAUUUGUUGAAAUUGGAUUUAUUUUGUCUCUUGUUCUGGUUUGGGGUUUUUACUUGAUUUUGACUUGGGUUGGUGCGAUUGUAAUCAGACGAUCGUUAAUCGGCGAUUUUCGAUUUGUUUGGUUGAUGACAAAGUCCUGUUAUUGUGAAUGUUCUUGAAUUUGCUGAAAAUCCAUUAUGACAUUUAAAUAGAUAUGGCCCUUUUCUUGAUUCGCCAAAACCUAAACCAAGUUGUGAAAUUUGUUACCGAUUUUAGCCUUAGGGCUUUCUUCUUCACAACCCCAACCACCACAUUUCAUCUAGUCACAACCAGGCUUUUGAAAGAAUGCAAGUCUCUAGAUUGUGCCAAGUUCUUCCACCAGCAAAUCCUUGUACAGGGCCUAGGACACCAUGUUACAGACCUUAUUGGCGCAUACAUGGCUUGCAAUGCUCAUACGCAUGCCGUGGUGCUGCUCGAGCCCCUCGAGCCGUCGCCGUUCUCUGUGUUUUGGUGGAAUCAGUUUAUUCGGCGUGCAGUUGGGUCCGGGUUGUUAAAUGAGGUGCUCGGACUGUAUCAGCGAAUGCAUAGACUUGGAUGGAGGCCCGACGAGUACACGUUCCCUUUCGUUCUGAAAGCUUGCGGUGAGCUUUCCUCGUUCCGGCUAGGGGCUUCAGUGCAUGCUGCGGUAUGUGCAAAUGGGUUUGAGGGGAAUGUGUUUGUUUGUAAUGCGGUGGUCACUAUGUAUGGUCGUUGUGGUGCACGGGAUGAUGCCCGCAAAAUGUUUGAGGAAGUGUUGAAGAGGGGGAUAGGCGAUGUGGUUUCAUGGAACUCGAUUGUGGCUGCUUAUUCCCAGAAUGGUGAUUCAGGGAAUGCACUGAGAAUGUUCGGUCGAAUGAUGAAGGACCGUAGUGUAAGGCCUGAUGCUUUUGGCCUAGUGAAUGUCUUUUCUGCUUGUGGUUCCAUAGGCGUGUUGAUGUGGGGUAAGCAGGUGCAUGGUUUUGCUGUUCGGAGUUGUUUGCAUGAAGAUGUAUUUGUUGGCAAUGCCAUUGUGGACAUGUACGCUAAGUGUGAGAUGAUGGAUGAGGCAAAGAAAGGUUUUGAACAAAUGAAGGUCAAGGAUGUGGUAUCUUGGAAUGCCAUGGUCACAGGUUAUUCCCAGGCUGGUAGAUUUGAGGAUGCUAUUCGUUUAUUUGAAAAGAUGAGGACAGAAAAAAUUGAAAUGAAUGUUGUGACAUGGACUGCUGUCAUUGCAGGGUUGGCUCAAAGGGGUCUCGGUUAUGAAUCCCUGAACAUGUUUCGAAAAAUGCAAGCUUCUGGUGUUGAUCUAAAUGUUGCUACCCUCGUCUCUCUUCUUUCAGGUUGUGCGUCUGCAGGAGCAUUGCUUCAAGGAAAAGAGAUUCAUUGUUAUGCCAUAAAACGAGUUUUAAACCUAGAUGGGAAAGAUGCAGAGGAGGAUAUACUGAUAAUUAAUGGUCUGAUUAAUAUGUAUGCCAAAUGCAAACAUCUCAAAGUGGCACGGAUGAUGUUUGAUCUAAAAGAACCGAAGGGAAGACAUGUGGUGACUUGGACAGCCAUGAUUGGUGGUUAUGCUCAACAUGGAGAAGCGAAUGAUGCUCUAGCACUUUUUUCCCAAAUGCUUGGACGAGAUAAUUACAAAAAGCCAAAUGCUUUUACUAUAUCUUGUGCUUUGAUGGCAUGUGCUCAUUUAGGCGCACUAAGAUUAGGUAACCAAAUCCAUGCUUGUGUAAUUCGCAACCAGUAUGAUUCCAUGACACCGUUUGUGUCUAAUUGUCUUAUCGAUAUGUAUUGUAAAUCCGGAGAUGUUGAUAUUGCUCAAGCUGUGUUUGACAAAAUGCAGCAAAGGAAUUUUGUCUCAUGGACAUCGCUAAUAGCUGGUUAUGGCAUGCAUGGCCGUGGUAAAGAAGCUCUCCGGGUGUUUGAUGAAAUGAAUAGAGUGGGUCUUGCAGCAGACAGUGUCACCUUUGUUGUUUUGCUCUAUGCUUGUAGUCAUUCUGGGAUGAUUGAUGAGGGAAUGAAAUACUUUAAUGGAAUGAGCAAGGGUUAUGGAGUUACUCCUGGGGCAGAACACUAUGCUUGCAUGGUUGACCUCUUAGGUCGUGCAGGUCGGUUGGGAGAAGCUUUGGAGCUUAUCAAAGGCAUGCCUAUGGAACCAACGCCAAUUGUCUGGUAUUCUUUACUUGGUGGUUGUAGGAUUCAUGCACAUGUUGAAAUUGGGGAAUAUGCUGCAAAUAAAUUGUUAGAGUUGGGAUCACAGAAUGAUGGGUCCUAUAUUUUGUUGUCAAACAUAUAUGCGAACGCUAGACGCUGGAAAGAUGUGGCCAGAAUCAGGUCAUUGAUGAAACAUACAGGGGUAAAGAAGAGGCCUGGUUGCAGUUGGGUGCAAGUGAAGGAAGGCACUAUAACUUUCUUUGUUGGUGACAGGCGUCAUCCUCAAUCUCAGCAAAUAUACGAAACCCUUGGAAGCUUGAUUGAACGAAUUAAAGUCAUUGGGUAUGUUCCCGACACUAGCUUUGCUCUCCAUGAUGUGGGUGAUGAGGAGAAAGGCUAUCUUCUUUUUGAACAUAGUGAAAAGUUGGCUCUUGCCUAUGCCAUCCUAGCAUCUCCACCUGGUACACCUAUUCGUAUCUCCAAGAACUUGCGUGUUUGUGGCGAUUGCCACAGUGCCAUCACCUACAUAUCUAUGAUUGUCGAACAUGAAAUUAUACUGAGGGAUUCAAGUCGCUUCCAUCAUUUUAAGAAAGGCUCCUGCUCCUGCAGAGGUUAUUGGUGACAGUGUAGCUAGAAAAAGGGUCAUGCUUAUGGUGAAGAAGCAUGUAUUCUUAGAAAAAUGGGGACAAAGACAGAGAAAAAGAAAUUGUGGUCAAAAUUAUUUAGGGAUCGUGCUUAUAGUGAAGAUGCAUGUAUUCCUACAAAGGUUAAACCGUUGAAGUGUUGCCUUGGCUAUCAGCUUACAUUAAGAUCGAUACUCAUUAAGGUUUGGAAAGAAGAAAACCUUGAGCUUACAUGUCCCUUUCACGGUGUGCCUGUGUAAGGUGAAAGGAAGAAAGUUCGUACAAAUUGUUUUUUACAUUGCCGAGUAGCUUUAAAGAUGCGGUAUAAAUUUUGUAUGGGACAAACAUCAUAUGCUCGAUUCUUGAAA